UUUGGUGUCUUUGCUUUUUUGUAAGGAAAAAUUAUUCUCAUAUUUUAAAUCCAUGUUCAGCCUUAAGGACGCAUGCAAAUUUCAGAGUGUUGGAAAGCAGGUCCUCUUGCUGACUAGGAAACACCAGUAAGUUAGUGAAGCUUUUGACUGGAUCAUUGGCUUGUAGAACACAAAUUAAGCAGAGAAAAUCAACCCUGCAUAGGGUUGGCACCCAAGAUGGCCUAAAAGGGAAGAAAGGAAGAUUCUUCUUUUUUCUGUGGAGGAGUUCUGGUAUCUGCUGUUGCUUUGGAUGUUGAUCUCCAGUUCCUUAAAGCUUCCAGCACCAACUCUUCAAACUUCCAGUGGAAAUUCUUGAGUAGAGAAAGAACCUCAGAUGAAAGGGCCAGGGAUCAGAGACAGUUGCUAAGGUCAUACCCUCUUGCAUUUGCUAAGGUCAAACCCCUUGCCUUAUUCACACAACCCCAGACAUGUGCUUUGCUAAUAUCCUAGGCUUCUCUCAAGCUGAUACAUUUGACAAGUCUACCCAUCACAUGACUCCAGGUGAGAACUUUACUGUGGGGAAAUCAUUAUGUUGAAAGAGAAGAAGUUUCAAUCUGUGUGAAGGGAACAGCACAUUAUAAAGAAUUUACCUGUUAAUCUCUUCGCUGUUCCUGCCUCAUAGAGAAAUGACUGAAGGCUGGGACUAUGUUGAAACUGUUAUUAUGGCCCACCUGCCAAGAUUAGUCUUCAGAAUUCUGGAUUUCUUUGUGAACUUGGAAUAGUUUCUUGUCUGAGGCAUUUGAAAUACUUCCUUUUCUUUCAUCUUGAUUCCUUUACAUAAUACUUUCAUCACAUUAUACCAGCUUCUUCAUUUAUUGCAUAGUUAUGUUCCCUUUUUGGCACAGCUUUAUUUUCUUUACCGAAAAUGUGUAGAUAAGGUUCAACAAAGUCUGUGCCAUGAAGGUAAAUGGCUUAUUUAAUUUUUUCCCCCUGACAACCUUAGGUUUUUUCUUCUAUUCCAUCGUGUUCCGCCCUUGCCUGGACCCAGAUUCUUUAGGUUUAAUGGAUUUCUCCAUGUGACAUUGACUCUGGAAGUUCAGUGGCACCGUAGUUGUGAUCCUAUAUUCAGAGACAACAAAAAAGAAAGAGCCCAUGAAUACAGUUGGAAGACACAGGUCUGCAAAGCUAGAAGCAAAUCCUAUAUCAGUGCAAUGAUCCAAUAGGCUGGUCAAGUGAUUGUCCCGAGAGGAAGUCUGGUCUGGGAAGGGUUUUGUCUACAGUCUGUCAUUUGGGCUCCACUCAGGCAGCUAUGGUAUUGCUUUUCCUUUCCCUUUUGGCUCACUGGGCAGAAAGUAGAGCCUUAUAUCAUGAAGAGUUUCUGUUGUAUGAACUGUCCAGUCAGGCACAAUCCUCUGUCAGGCACUCAGGUCAGAAGCUCCCUGUGUGUUGCUCAGAGACUUCCAACCAGGGUUAGCAUGACUUGCUUUAUGAAUUUUACUGACUGUGGCUGCAUGGAAAGGUGCUGGGAUACCGUCAGCCCUCCACAUCCAACGAAGCAAGGCCAAAUGUCCCAACAUAGAAGUGAGGCUUGUGGAUGCCCAACAUCUGGUUGGAAGUAGGCAGAAUGAGCUUUGGUAGGCUCUCGGCCUCCCUGGAUCAGAUGAUUAAUCUUUGUUCCUAUAUGUCAGCUGUCACUGGUACACAUUUUUGGUCGUUCAUAGCCCUCUGGGGGGGACCAAGACAUCUGCCAGAACCUAAGCAGUGAGGUGACUUCGCCGUGGCCAGAGCCCUGCCUUUGCCAGCUCAGUACCCGCAGCCCCAGCCCUCACCAUGCCGUUCAGAGGCAGUGACCUUUCAGGAUGUGGCUGUGCACUUCACCAUGGAGGAGUGGGCUUUGCUGAAUCCAUCACAAAAGAAGCUCUACAGAGAUGUGAUGAAGGAAACUUUUAGGAACAUGGCUGCCAUAGGGAGAGCCUGGGGUAACCAGGAAGUUGAAGAACAGUACAAAAAUUACUGGAGAAAUCUAAGAAAUGAAGAGGUAGAGAAAUGCUACCCAAAUAAAAUUCAGAAUCCACAUGAAGAAAUAAUCCUUUGGGCACCAUAUGCUAAAGUGGACAUGAAACAAACUGGUCUAAAACCAGCUGAAGGCCUUGCUUGCAGGAAACCCCUAAUUGGGCCCUUGUCACUAAAUGUGUUCAUAGCUGACACUGGACUGAAGACAUCUGAGUAUUUGGGAUCAGAAGAGAAGCUGCAUAAUUGUAAUGAACAUGGAAAAACCUGUGGUAAUUUCCACUCCUUUCAAAAGGAUGCAAGGAAAAAGAUUGGAGAGAAACCCUAUAAAUAUGGUCAGUAUGUGAAAUCUGUGAAAUACUCUGAACUUAGUGAAAGAACUCCCCUUAAAGAGACCUUUGUAUGUAAGAAAAAUUUGAAGUCCUCCAGCACUUGCAAUGAUGUUCAGAACCCUGAAAGAAAUCACAAUGGAGGGAAACCCUACAUAUGUAAGCAAUGUGGGAAAACUUUUAGUAGGCAUCAACAUUAUAAACAACAUGAAAGAAAUCACACUGGGGAGAAACCCUAUGUAUGUAAGCAGUGUGGGAAAGCUUUUAGCUUACAUGGUAAUUGUCGAAAACAUGAAAGAACUCAUACUGGGGAGAAACCCUAUGUGUGUAAGCAAUGUGGGAAAGCUUUCAGCACACAUAGUAAUUGUCAAAUACAUGAAAGAAUUCAUAGUGGGGAGAAACCCUAUGUAUGUAGGCAAUGUGGGAAAGCUUUUGGUAGGCGUGAACAUUGUAAACAACAUGAAAGAACUCACACUGGGAAGAAACCCUAUGUAUGUAAGCAAUGUGGGAAAGCUUUCAGCAGAUCCUAUAACUGUCAAGCACAUGAACGAAGUCACACCUGGGAGAAACCCAAACCCUAUGUAUGUCAUCAAUGUGGGAAAGCUUUCAGCACACAUGGUGAUCAUCAAAAACAUGAAAGAACUCACAAUGGGGAGAAACCCUAUAUAUGUAAGCAGUGUGGGAAAGCUUUCAGCACACAAGGUAAUUGUAUAAUGCAUGAAAGAAUUCACACUGGGGAGAAACCUUAUGUAUGUAAGCAGUGUGGGAAAGCUUUCAGCACAAGCAGUGGUUGUAAAAUACACAAAAGAAUUCACACUGGGGAGAAACCCUAUGUUUGUAAGCAGUGUGGGAAGGCUUUUAGUACACCAGGUGGUUGUAAAAUACAUGAAAGAAUUCACACUGGGGAGAAACCCUAUGUAUGUAAGGAAUGUGGGAAGGCUUUUAGUACACAAGGUGAUUGUAAAAGACAUGAAAUACUUCAUAGUGGAGGAAAACCCUAUGUAUGUAAACAGUGUGGGAAAGCUUUCAGUAGGAGUCAUCAUUGUAAACAACAUGAAAGAACUCACACUGGGGGAAAACCCUAUGUUCGUAAGCAGUAUGAUGAGAAAGAGUACUUUUCAAACACAUGAAGUCACACCAGGGAGAAACCCAAACCCUAUGUAUGUAAGCAAUGUGGGAAAGUUUUUAGUACACAAGGUUAUUGUAAAGUACAUGAAGGAAAUCACACAGAGGAGAAACUGUGUAUGUAAGCAGUGUGGGAAAGCUUUCAGCACACACAGUAAUUGUAAAAUACAGGAGAGAAUUCACACUGGGGAGAAAACCUAUGUAUGUAAGCAGUGUGGGGAAGCAUUGUUGUAAAAAAAUGUGAAAGGACUCGGGUUUGGCAUUAAUUCUAUAUAUAUAGGCAGUGUGGAAAGCUUUCAACAUUCGUGGUAUUUGCCAAAGACAUAAAAACUCACAAUGAGGAGAAAUCCUAUGUAUGUAAGCAGUGUGGGAAUGCUUUGGGUACAUACAUGUACUAUCAAAUAUAUGAAAGGAAUCUCACUGGGGAGAAACUGUGUAUGUAAGCCUAUUUGUAAAAUCUUAUGAAAAUUUCUCAUGUAGUGGAGACCUGUAGAAAUCAUUAAUACAAAAUCUUGAUGUCAAUAUUUCUCCAUGAAAUGUCCAGAAAAUACAAUCCCAUUACAUACAUUAUGUUUUUCAGUAAAUCACCUAAAUGUGUCAGUUGUGUUUCUCCAGUUUUUCAUAUAAAGAUAAUGAGUUGACAUAACUAGGUAUUUUUGUGUUUGUAUCUUUGAUCUUAACACAUAGUGUCUUUUAAUUAAGCUGAGUGAAUUGAAAUGUAUUUUUUACUUUCAAGUAGAGUUAAUGUUUAUAUAGUUAUUUAGUCUUGACAACUGGGAGGUAUAAGCCACUAAAAUUUAACUUUAAUUGCUUUCUGUUAAUUGUUAGGAUUUUGUCCUAACAAUUUAAAUUUUUGGUGUGUAUACUCUGUAUUCUGUGUAAUAAAUGAUAUUUUUGAAUUUGA